UAAAUUUAUUUGCCAAAAAAAAUAACCGAUCAGUACUAAAAUGACAAAAUCACAAAAUUUGUUUAUUAGAUUUUUAAUCAUUUUGAUUUAAUAUAACAAUGCUUAUUUUAGCCAGGAGACGUUUAAAAAACGAGUUGUAAAUCCAAUAAACGAAUAAAUUUCAAUCGUUGUUUUGUUUUCAAUUUUUCUUAAUGUUGGUAAUCUUAAGAAUGGCAAAAAGUAUGCGUUGCUUAGUAACCGUCUUAUCAAAACUUUUGCGUUGCAUAGCAGCGGGUAUAAUUAUUGGCGCGAAUUUCGAAAUUAAAACUUCUCCGGGGCAAUUUAAUUGUGCGGUUUGGAUCUUUGUUUUUGGCAAAAAGUGUGAAAAACGGCGGGUCAUAAAUUAGAAAUUUCGCGUUCAGCUGCGUAUUCCGGUAAAAAGAAUUAAAAUGUGUAAUUUAUCCAAUGUCCGAGAAAGCGCAUAUUCGAAUUUAUCCGAGUAGCGAACCCCCGGUUUAUCGCCGCUUUUCAUUCAGUAGUAUUCAAGCAGUCGAGUUUCAGGGAGCGACUCAUGCCCUUUUCAGGCGCGUAUUUCGUGUAAUUUGAAAGAACGAAAAAUGUCAUCGAACAAAAUGCUGAAAAUCGAGUGAGGAGACAAAAUGCGGCGUCGUUUGUUCAUUUUUUUCCUCGUGGUGGUAGUUUAUCUAGGGGAAAUUUGUGUGGCUAUUCUCAAUUCAGGUCCGAGUUACCGAAACGGUGAAAUUUUGCCCAGAUUCACCUCCCAGCCCAACACGUUCAGCGCCGUUAUCGGCGAUACCAUCGUACUACCAUGCGAGGUGCAAAAUCUGGGUUCCUUCGUUAUCGUGUGGAAACGAGGCAUCACCCUUUUAACAGCCGGUCAACAAAAAAUCACAGCCGAUCCCAGAAUAUCGCUAGUGGGAUACAAUCUGGAAGUGAGGGAGAUCAGAUACUCGGACCAGGGGGACUACACCUGCCAAAUAGGCGACGGCUCGCAUGGGGACCUCAUACACACCGUCGAGAUCCUCAUGCCCCCCAGUAUCCAGAUUUUCCCCAACAGUGGCGAUGUUUUGACCAGUCGGAAGGGGGCGACGGUGUCGUUCGAAUGCCGGGCGAGUGGGAAUCCCACACCGGUGGUUCAGUGGUCAAAAAAAGAAGGUCUUUUACCAUCUGGGUUACAAGUGCAAACAGGGUAUCUCUUAUCACUAACCAACGUCCAACGCGAAGAUGCGGGCGCUUAUCAGUGCACGGCCUCCAACGGGAUCGGACAAGCCGUCACCGGAGAAAUCAAACUCCACGUCCUUUUUCCGCCGGAAAUCACCGUCGCUAAAUCGUGGGUAAACUCCGGUGAGGGUCUGGAGGCCCGAUUGGACUGUGUCGUGCAUGCGGAUCCUCCCGGAGAGGUUUCUUGGUAUCAAAAUUCGUUUCCUUUGCAACAAACCGAUCGAAGAAUUAUGUCAACUAAAGGGAAAAUCUAUUCGUUGAAUAUAAAAAAUGUCCAAUUUUCCGAUUUCGGAAAUUACAGUUGCACUGUGCACAAUUCGAUCGGAAAGGACCGGAAGUAUAUCGAAUUGACCGGAAAACCCGGACCGGCACGUAUUAUAAGUCCGGCUUAUUCAAACCCGGAGUAUUACGAUUUGAGAUGGGUGGUUCAGUCAGUGUUGCCAAUUAUCGAAGUUAAAAUCCUCUAUCGACGAAUCAAUGCAACGAGUUUUUAUGACCACAAAGGUCAAUGGCACGAUUUAGUUAUAAAACCGGAGCAGAAGUACGAUUCGAAAACUAGUGAGAGGUUUCAGAGUUUUCGCAUAACGAAUCUAGUACCAGAUUCGUUGUAUGAAUGCUUGAUUUUGACCAAAAACCAGCAUGGGUACAGCGAUGUCUCUGAUGUCCAUCAAUGGUUCAGCUUAGACAAAGGACGACCAUUUGUGGGUUCAACAGGACAAAUCAAAAGUUUGGGAAUUGCAGUCAUAUUUUUGCAAACCAUCAUUUUAUUAUUGUAGAUAGUUACGUACUGUUUUUAUAUUGUACAAAAUUUCUUCGAAUAAAAGUUACAAAUAAA